AUAUGCGCAAGCACAGGGAAUUCGCUCUGACAGAUCUAUUUGCAUUCAUCACUCCUAGUUUAUUCUUGCAGUUUUGUUCUGACUUGAGCAUUUGCUCCAGCGACAUGUUCAGUCACGUUACGCGAAGACUUGGGCAGACAACCGCCCAGUUCCAAGGUGCCGGUGUGGCGGCGUUGGGGAUCCUUGCCUGCAUCCCGACUUACUUUGUCUAUGACCACUUCCACUUGCAGCGUUUGGCGAAGGAGUAUGAGGCGAGUGUCAAAGAUAAGUGCUACUUCGACAUCAGCAUCGGAAACCGAUACGCUGGCCGAAUCGUUUUUGGACUUUACUCUGAUGUGGUGCCAUUGACUUGCGAGAACUUCUUGCAGCUUUGCAAAGGAUACCGCAUCAAGGAUCGAGUUAUAGGUUAUCAAAACACCAUCUUUCACCUCAUCAAGCCCGGCUCUGCCAUAGCAGGAGGAGAUGUCCUCGACGGAGCUGGUAAGACAAGGGGCCUCAGCAUCUAUGGCGAGCAAUUCCCCGACGAGAACUUUGAGUUUGAGUUCGUUCGGGAUGGCGAUCUGGCCAUGUGCAAUUGGGGCAAAAACACCAACUCCUCGGUCUUCAUGAUCACCCUGUCGCAACAGCGGGCCUUCACCAACCACCAUGUGGUCUUCGGGACUGUCUUGAAAGGCAUGAAGGUGGUGCGGGAGAUCGGUGAGCUUGGUACCAAGGUUGGAAGGCCUGCGGUGCCUAUCCGCAUCGUUCAGUGUGGCGUCUUGGACGGCGACACUGAGCCUCCACCACCAUUGGGAGAUUUGGUGGAUGAAAGUGUGCCAUUGAUGACGGAGGACGAGUUCCGAUCGCUGAGUGCGAACCAGAAACCCGGAGCGGUGCAGCCUUCUUAGUCGGCACUGACCGAUGGCUCCCGGAGAAAAGGAUGUGCUUUAC